GUGAACAACAGGAAACACCCAUUGAAUCUGUGGAAGUGAAGAAAUAACAAGUUAUUCGCCGAAAUAUUCCCCAAAUUGCGACAUUUGCAAGAUUUUAGCAGUCGAAAUAUACAUUCAACAACUCAACCUUUCAUUUCUGAACCCGCCGCGGUGUUUUUUCCUCCAACAAGCCAGUAAAGAUGCUGAUUAAAGUGAAGACUCUGACUGGCAAAGAGAUAGAGAUCGACAUCGAGCCCACAGAUAAGGUGGAGCGCAUCAAGGAGAGGGUGGAGGAGAAAGAGGGGAUCCCUCCACAGCAGCAGAGGCUCAUCUACAGUGGGAAACAGAUGAACGACGAGAAGACAGCAGCAGAUUAUAAAAUCCAGGGAGGCUCUGUUUUGCACCUGGUGCUGGCCCUGAGAGGAGGAUGUUUGCUCCACUGCCCCACAAGCGCCAAGGCUGCGUUGUAGCUAUCGCUACAAACUCCCAAACAAAUAAAACCAUGCCUUAGCUGUCGCGAUGCUUAUUUUGAGAAACACGGCCGACGGUAGCUGAAUCAUCUGAAAGGUGAUAAUUCGGUCAAAGAGAAGCUCACUCCGGGUGGUACUUACCUCCAACACUCCGCCUGGUCAUUCUGCGCUGGCUUCAGAUUACAUUUUUAAGUCACAACUAGUUUGACUGCAGAAGAAAUCUUCUGUGUGUCCCUGCAGGCUGAGUUUAUAUGUCUUCUUCUGAUCUGAACAGGGAGAUAACCACGGCUUUGUGCUGCUUCUGGGAAAACCGACCUCCAAAAUCGUUCCUACACAAACUAACAUGGAUUUUUUAUUAUUAUUAUUAUUUUUGGCUUCUUGCAUUUUAUUGCUCCAAUCAACACAGUUUAAAUAUCAGAAGAGGCUGUUUUUGUGUAUUAAAGUUUUUGUUUGAGGACAAUAAAAGAGUAGUUUCACAUUUUGGGAAAUUCAGACUAUCAUAUCACACACAUUUCUUCCCCUGGAGUUGAGUCAAACAUAUACAUGAUGCCUUUGUCUAAAAACCCAGUCAAAAAUUAAUCCCAUGAAGAUGUGGGCAGCAGUUAAAUCGUAGUCGCUCGCAGCUUCAAACAGAGAGUCACGAACACUGCAGGCAGGACUUGAUCUUUUCACGCCACAGUGAGUUCGACUAAAACAGAAGUCUUCUGUGUUCUGCUGAUGUUCGAACUGAUAACCGACCUGAAAAACUUCUUCAAGAUUUGGGAUCUUCUUUUUAACUCUUGAGCUGCUUAGAUGAUUUUAAUUUUAGAGAUCUGAUAUGUCUUAACACAUAAUCUACAAGUUUUGUUCCAUCAGUGUUAUUUAAUCAUUUUAGAAAUAUAAAACUGGUCUCUCUUUCCCCUCAAAUGAACUAAAUUGACACUGGAAUCUUCCUCUCAGGCUGUCGGCAUGUGAUGCAUUUUGUUGUAGACCACAUUUACGUUAAUAAAUGGGUCAUUUAGGGUUUACAAAAUGAUGACAUUUUAAAUCUUUCAAAAAUGAGCAACUAAAGGUCUCAUCCAGGGACGAGCCGCAAUAAACAUCACCCUCUCUACGAGACUAAACUCUUCUGACCACUGGAAAACAUUAGAAUUCCUCGUUUUAUUAGAUUAUGUUCAGGUUUCCUGCUGUAAUUACAGAAUAUUGAGGUUUAGACGUGGUUGAAGUGACUCAGUUUUCCUCAUAGGCUCUGAAAUCACUAAUGUAGAAAUCCUGUGGAAUCUUCUGGUGAGCUGAGCUGCACAGGACAGCAACAGGAGCUGUUUUUAUUCAUUUUUGCUCUCGUAUAUCCCAUCAGAAACCCAGUGUUCAAAACACUGGCUGCUCCUUCAUGCGAGUUUCGAUUGUAUUUCCCACAAUGUCAAACUGUUGAUUGCUCGUUUGUAUGUUAAUUAUCUGUCUGAAUCAGGAGUACUGAAAGUGUAAAGGCUCCUCUCGAUGCGUGGAGACGUGUGUGAAACUGACUUCUGCUUAAAUCUGUCAGUAUAAUAAACCUAAAUUCUGGAAA